UUUCUCUCCAAUGGACUGAAGAAGCUGUCUGUCUCCAUCCUUCUAAAUCUUUCAUCAUUCAUAUUUCUUUCUCCAUGUGAUUUUGAUUUUGAUUUUGAUGAGCUUCACACCUCUUCAAAAUUUCCUUAUUCUGCAACAAAAUUCGUUUACGAUAUUACUGAAUUUCUCAUCAUUUAAUCAAAUAGCCUCACCGGCGCCGGCGUCGGGAAGUUUCUCAAGAUGCUUUUUCUGUGCUGUUUAUCUCGAGAAAAGAGCCUGAUUCUUUCAGUUUCCUCUCUCUUCUGAUUCUUUUUACCUUUUUCUUGUUUUUGGUUCUCUGUAUGUUUCUUUUCAAAAACCGAGUUUCUUGUCUUUUGUUGUUCUCUACACUCUUGCUCUUUAUGCAGAGUGAAAUGGAUGCUUUCGUAAAGAGGCGUUGCUUGUGGUUCUGUCUCUAAUGGCUCGUCAAGGCGCUUAUUCCGAUGCUGGUUACUGCAGCAAUGGUGAGAAGAAGAGUACGAGUCAGGUUCCACAGUUAGGUAAUGCGAUCUUCCAUGAUUUUCUUGGCAUUAAGACGAAAGAUGCUUCCGUACUCUUGGCCGCGAAGACGCCGGAUGUAAGCUUCUCAGAGGCAUCGACGCCGCCGUCGGCUUUGGCUUCAUCCAGUGGUGGCCGUGGACUCAUCUCCGCUGCCUCCGAUCUUGCGUCUGAAAAUCAGGUUUGUGAUUACCUUGAAGGGGUUCCAUUCUAUAGUCCAAGGAAUGAUAUAUCUGGACCUGAAAACGGUAACCGAAUAGCUGGGAUUAAACGUGGUAAUCCAGAUUCUGCUUUCAUGGGACCAUAUAGAAACCAAAUUCCUCAUAUACUACAAAAUGGAGCUGGUGGAGAUCGACCAAGAUACAACGAUAAUGAGGUGGUCUACAGUAUGCAGCCACCACGAAUUGCUUCUUCUUCCCUCACACAACAUUCUCUUGGCACUAGAUUCAAUCCUAGUGUUUCCAAAUGGGAGAGACCUAUUCCAUCAAACAUGAGUUCUGCACUAAAUUCUUCACUUGGGAGUCAGUUUGUGCCUCGUGUUCAUCAAAUAGCUUCCAAUUCUUCAAGGGAAUUUAAUGUUGCUCCUUCCAAUAUUUCUCAAUCUGCUGCUGAUGAAGGAUCUAGAACUGGGAUGAAAAACCCUGGACUCUUAAGUAGCUUUAAUGCUCGACAUGAUCAAAGACACUCAUCUCAAAUGUUGCAAAGUUGUGACAAGCAGAAGACCAAGACCGAAAGUUUAGCAUACAAAUCUUCUAACCCUUCAAGUCAGCAGGGUCUUGAUUCCGACAACAGACAGAUGACUAUUUUCUACGGCGGUCAAGCUCAUGUUUUUGAUGAUGUCCAUCCAAACAAGGCUGAUAUUAUAAUGGCCUUAGCUGGAUCAAAUGGGGGCUCUUGGUCAACAAAUUUAGCACCUAAAUUAAAUAUAACUAGGAUACCUAGUGAGCAAGAAUCAGCUAAAGAUUAUCAUGGAAAGUUAUAUCAUAGUUUGAUAUCCACCAGUCGAGGUGUUGGCGAUACUCCGAUCUCGACACAAGCAGCUGUAGGUGAUCAUCCACGCAGCGUUGCAGCGGAAGAGACCCAAAAAGCUGUUCGUGCAGCAGAUCUCAAUGCUGAACAGUAAAAAGAAAGCUAAAUCGCGACGACAACGGCUUUCUUUCCAUCCCCAUCCCGCCCUCGCCAUUCUCGUCGUAGCAAGAGGUAAUUAGCCAAAACUCAAGGGUGAAGAGAUUUAUAAUAGAAAGUAUUGUUGUUAAGUCCAGUUUUCAUGAGCAUUGUCGUUAUUUAUAUUUUUAGCAAAUACAAAAACAGUCAAUUGCUUGCUUAAGGGGAUGGGGUUCGCUAAUAUUUGUUUGAUGCAUAAAAGAAGUUGGUUGCCUUCAAAGCUUGCUAUCAAAAUUUCCAUAUUAUCUUAUUGUGAAGAGUAGUGGAAAAUUAGGUUAUACUUCUUUUUGCCCCUAAUAAGAUGUAAUGUCAUAUCAUAUCAUGGGUAGACUCUUUUUUUCAAGGCUAUUUUGGUUAUUUUGAUUUUGAGAUUAAAAUGGGAGUGCUAAUGCUUCCAUUAUGCCA